GAUUAGAGAAGCCAAGUUUAACUUGAAUCUAUUAUCUCUGAUCUCUCCAUUCUCUCGACUGUCCUCUCACAGUCUCACCAUCCUCCUCUCCUCCUAUCUCUGUUGCCGCUCCUACCACUCCCCCAGUGCCCCCAACAGCAACCACCACCACCGCAGCAACCACACACCUCGACGCCUGGCUGAAGCUAAUCCGCUCGUGCCCGGUUUCCAGGAACUUGCCGCUGCCAACCCCGCUGUCCACGCCGCUCUCGGAGGUCGUUUCACUCUCGCAGUACGCCGCGGAUCGAAGGCGGAGGAGUUUACAGUAAUCUUGCUGAAUAUAACACAGAUCAAGCACGUGCAUUGCACGUGCCAUCCCAACUAGUGAUUGGAAACGCGUUCUCCCAAUUUAAGUCGAUUAGUCCCUUUGUCCAUCGGCGGAGUUGUACGAUGGAGGGAGCGGUGGUGCAGAACCAGCAGCAGCAGCAACAACAAGCGGAGAGGCUGAACCUGGCUCUGCAGCAGCAGCUGAACCUGGAGGCCAUGAAGACGCGAGCCAUCAGCCUAUUCAAAGCCAUCACUCGCAUCCUAGAAGACUUUGACGCCUAUGCUCGCACCAACACCACCCCCAAAUGGCAGGACAUUUUGGGACAAUAUUCUAUGGUGAAUCUUGAGCUUUUCAACAUUGUUGACGAAAUCAAGAAGGUCUCCAAGGCCUUUGUAGUACAUCCAAAGAAUGUCAAUGCAGAGAAUUCUACAAUCCUACCAGUUAUGCUGUCCUCAAAGCUAUUGCCUGAGAUGGAAAUGGAGGACAACACCAAGAGAGAGCAGUUGCUUCAUGGGAUGCAAAACCUGCCAAUAUCCUCACAAAUUGAGAAGUUAAAGGCUAGAAUUGAUAUGAUUGGAGCAGCCUGUGAAAGUGCUGAAAAAGUAUUAGCUGACACUCGGAAAGCUUAUUGUUUUGGAACUCGGCAAGGGCUACCAAUCGCCCCAACUCUGGACAAGGGCCAGGCUGCAAAAAUUCAAGAACAAGAGAAAUUGCUCCGAGACACCGUAAAUUUUGGGGAAGGAUUGCGAAUACCUGGAGACCAGAGGCAGAUCACACCUGCACUUCCAUUGCAUUUGGUAGAUGUGGUCACAGGUGAUGGAGUGCAGAGUUUUGUUGAUGCAUCAGGUAUGUAUUUAAAGAAUACUCCUAUUUCAUCAAAUAACAUCGGUGGACAGGGCACUCUGUUGCAGGCUUCUGCAACACAACUUAUUGGAAGAUCAGCUGCGUCUCCUUCCGGUGCCACAAGUGCUACUUCCUUUGAUAACACAACGGCAUCUCCGCUGCAAUAUGCCAAUUCUCCUAGGUCAGCUACAAACAUGAUGAACAUGCCAUCUCCUCAGCAACAAACUCAACAGCAGCAGCAGCAGCAACAGCAGCAGCAACAGCAACAGCAGCAGCAGCAGCAGCAAAGGCAGAAACUGAUGCAAAUACCUCAGCAUCAGCAGCAACUGCUUGCCCAGCAACAACAGUUCAGGCAAUCUGCGAUGCAAGGACUGGGACAGAACCAGCUGCCACAGCUGCAUGAUUUGCAAGGCCAGCCUCAGCAAAAGUUUCAGCCGAUACAUGGCCAACAUCAGAUGCAGUUUUCUCAAGCGAUGGGGCACCAGCAGUUUCAGGGUAGGCAAUUUCAAUCAGGACAUGUUCAGCAUGGCAUUGGUCAAAGCCAGCUCAACCAAGGAAAUCACAUGAAUCGCCACUUAAGCCAGUUCUCUAGCACUGCUAAUAGUGCAUUGUUUAAUGCAGCUCAGGCGACAUCAAACACCCAAAUGAUUCCAAAUAUUUCCGGAACGAUGUCAUCGCAAUCACUUUUGCCACGGAUGCAGUUUGGAUUAUCUGGUAGCAAUCCCCAGCGGAAUCAUACUUCCCAAAUUUUGAGCGAUCAAAUGUUUAAUAUGGGAGCAGCAAAUCCUAGUGGUAUGAUGCCCAUGCAACAACAGCAGCAGCAACAACAGCAGCAUGGUUCACAAAGUUCAUUUGGUAACAUGCAACCUAAUGCUCAGAAUCUGCAAUCUGGUUUGGUAGCACUUCAGAACACGCAACAGAAUCUUCCGAAUUUCGCCCAACAGAGACAGCAAAAUCCACAGUGAACAAUAUCAUCUGGUACUAAUAUGUUAUUGUUUACUAUUUUUAUUUCCAAACCGUGGAGAACUCAAACAAUGCUGUCUGUUUUGGCAAUUGCAUAUCCUUGAGUAAAUAUGUCUCUUAUCUAUUCCAGUUGGACUUUUGUUAACCAAAUAUAUGAUUGGGGUUGUAAUUUUCAUCUUUUGGGGUGAAAACUUGUACAGACUCUCAUUUUUAUUUUAUUUUUAUUAAUUUUUUGAAAAAGCAUUGGACAUAGUUUUCGUUUA